AUUGCGAGGCUAGGGGGAAGGAGAAGGGAUCAGGAGCGGGAGCUGAGGGGAGAGAGAGGCCGGUCCUGGUCUGGGCGCUGCGGCUGCUCGCCCGAGGUCUCGAAGUCGGGCUGCGGCUCCAUCCUCGGCUCCUGGGCACCGUCUGCGAGGCUCCGCCGACCAGAGUGAGAAAGCCGCGGGCGGCGAGCGCCGCAUCAUGUCAACCAAGGACGAGCGGGCCAGGGAGAUCCUGAGGGGCUUCAAACUAAAUUGGAUGAACCUUCGGGAUGCUGAAACAGGGAAGAUUCUCUGGCAAGGAACAGAAGACCUGUCUGUCCCUGGUGUGGAGCAUGAAGCCCGUGUUCCCAAGAAAAUCCUCAAGUGCAAGGCAGUGUCUCGAGAACUCAAUUUUUCUUCAACAGAACAAAUGGAAAAAUUCCGCCUGGAACAAAAAGUUUACUUCAAAGGGCAAUGCCUAGAAGAAUGGUUCUUCGAGUUUGGCUUUGUGAUCCCUAACUCCACAAAUACCUGGCAGUCCUUGAUAGAGGCAGCACCCGAGUCCCAGAUGAUGCCAGCAAGCGUCUUAACUGGGAACGUUAUCAUAGAAACAAAGUUUUUUGACGACGAUCUUCUUGUAAGCACAUCCAGAGUGAGACUUUUCUAUGUUUGAAAGAAGAAUGUGUGCGCAUGUCAAGAAUUUGGGUUUUUUGGAGGGAGGAGGAAACUGUGUUUACUUUUUUCCUUCACAUUUUUGAUUUUUGACACUUCCCCCCCUAAUUCCCUCAACAGCAGAACCUACCUGCAGCCACCAGGGGACCAGCUCUGUGUAGGUAACCAGAUGGCUCUUUUUCCCAAGCUGCCAUCUUCCAGCUGACCAGACUAAACUCCCAACCCCAGACCAGGGCAGGGGACAGGUCUCAAAUCCUUCCCUCCCCACACAGGGAACAAACACAUACCACAAACCGAUAACUGUACCUGUCACCCUCCUUGUCUCCUCCUUGGGCCCUACAGGCUACACAUCUACCUUUGGCCCCUGGUUUUGGAAAAAUUCCAUGUUCCUGACCCAUGUUUAGUUUUUUCCUACCAUUUCUAUUUCAUACAUUCUCAUACAUUUAACUUGUAAAAUAGACUGUGAUAUUAUUACAUAAUGUAAUUAAAAAUAUGAAUUAAAAUAUUCCUACAGUCUUUAGCAUGGCA